AUGCUUGAAGUGUCGGGAUUUGGUAAGCAAACGUCAGUUGGUGUGAUCGAGCGUUUCUUUCAAAGCGACGACAAGACUGGUGCAAAAGCAGUUAACGUGAAAUACAACAGGUUGACUGCAUUGGUGGAAUAUGCCGAUGCUGUUGAUUUAGAAAAAGUUCUGAACAAACACAAGGCGACGCCGUUUAAGCUUGAAAAUGAGGAAUUAACUGUUCGCAAUAUCAGCAUUGGUGGGAACUCUGAAGAGGACUACAAAAGUUGUAAAAGGAAGACAAAUGUCAUCGACAAGGCAAAUGACUUUUUGUCAAACGAUACGUUACAAGACGAUAUGCCAGGUGUGAAUCCAUACGAGGUCAUUGUCAAUGGCAUCAACACAGACAUUAUGUGCCAAGAGUCCAUAACAAUGUUUUUACUAUGGGCGAGUGGGGACAAAAAUAUGGUUACAGAUGUUUUCCCUUGUGAGACGAAUUCAUCAAUCCUUGUACGCUUUAAAAACAUUAUAGACUAUGGUAAGAUGGAAUUGAACAUUUCAAGGAGACGUCUGGAAGAUGUCCGUCUUAACCUUGAACCGGUAUAUCUGACAAGAACAAUUAUGGUGGAAAAUGUUCCAACAUUUCUGGACAAAAACGACUUGAAGCAACACUUUCAAAGUAAAAAGAGUGGAGGUGGAAAUAUCGAAAGUAAUGGUGUCGAGCUUAACAAAGAAAAGGAAAACGCACUGAUUACAUUUAAAACACACGAAGAGAUGAACAGUGUUUGUAGCAAAAAACACAGUCUAGGGACUGCAAAUGUAAUUGUGACACCAUAUUAUACAUACUUAGGAAAAGACGUUUCAAAAGAUAAACAUGCUAAAAAUUAUCAACAUCCAGAUGAAACACGGUACAAAAGAUCAAUACUGGAUACUAAAACUAACACAAUCGAAGUUAGAGGCAACAACUUACAGAGUGAAUUACUGAGUCCCUUCUUUAGAAACAAAAACAAAUCUGGUGGUGACCAAUCCGCAAGGUGCUGCAUGAUGUCCGAAAAUGUUGCUCUCGUCACAUUUGAUACAGCUGAAGUUGCCGAACGUGUUCUAAAUAAACAAAUAAGAAGAAUUGGUUCUCAGAUGGAACCAGUAGAAAUCACAGCAUCAUCACCUCGGAAAAUAUCUCCCAAUGAAAAAGAUACCGAUAAAAAAUCAAUUGGCAUCAGAAAUGUUCCAUCCACUGUUACUAAAGAUGGAUUGGGAUAUUAUUUGGAAGUUUUACACGGCCAUUACAGAAACAUACGUUACUGUCAAGAGCAAGGGAAAAUUCUAGUGGAAUUCGAAAGGGAAGUUAAAGAUAUUGAUCAUUUGAAGAAAAAUGCUGCUCGUAACACCUUGGGGAAUGCAAAAGUAACAAUCGAAUCGGUUCCUCCAAUGAGAGCCGUCCAAGUGUACAACGUCUCAAGACAAACUACCAUUGACUGCUUAUAUCUGUAUUUUUCAAUGAGUAACUUAUGGGGAAGUGGAGGAGGCCAUAUAGAAAGAAUAAAAUUGAACCGGGAAGAGAACUAUGCCAUUAUUCACUUCGUUGAGGAAACAGUGGCAAAGCGUGUCAUCACCAAAUCACCACAUGUGUUAAACGGCAAUGAAAUGAAAGCAAGGGCAUUCUUUACGUUCCUUGGGCCCACUGAUGAAGAAUUUGACACGUCUACGCCUAGGGUUGACUUACCAAAGCCAUUAAAGAUCGACCUUAAGACACCAUCCCUACUCGGUAGAUUUCUGGAAACUCAGAAGGAUCAUGUUACUAAACUUGCUAGUAUCGUCAAAGGAAAACAUGGUGAAUUAGUAUUGCAACAAGGUCAAAUCGAAAUUAAAUGCACCAUAGACCGAGAUGCAAAAGAGGCUCAUCGCCUCUGCAAAGAUUGGAAGAAAGAUAUACAAGAUAUCAUCGGAGGCUGGACAAAAAGAUUCAAACAAAGUACCCUGAAUGUUGAUAAGCUUAUUAUUCCAAAGAUGCGUUCAGAACAGAAUAAAGAUGAGUUAAAAUGUGUAUUUCUUCAAGAAGUAAGCUCUGGAUUUGAACUAUGUGGGGAGACUACAUCCAUCGCUAUAGCAUUAGAAAAAUUGAAAAAUAUUCGAGACAGAAUUGUACUUGAUAUGGACAGACAAAACAGAAAAAUGAAUAAAACAAUACGCUUGAAAAAAUGGGAAUCUAAGUUCUUGCGUUUGAAUACUAUCGAUCAGAUAAUAAAAGAAAGGUUUGGCGAUGUUGAUGUUGAGAUUUGUGAAAGAGAUGGGCAAAUCAAUGACAUGGUUUUGAAUGGCGUUCCUGAAUCUAGUGAACGAGCACAAGAGUUCUUAAUGGAAUUCUUAAAAACACAUGUCGUUAAAAAAGACAGAAUGUCAACCGCCAAAUUGGAUUUUCUUAAAACCAAACAAUGUGAAGAAUAUAUCGAAGAAAACUUCCAGAAAAAUGAGCUCAAAUGUGCUUGGACUGUAACAAACUGCGAAAUCUGUGUCUACUGCAACACUGAAGAGGAAUGUGACAAGGCAUUGACCGCAAUAAAUGGUUACAUUGUGGAAAAUACCAUACAGAUUCCAGAAGAGUCUGUUGAUGUUCUUCAAACAGACAACUGGAAGCAAAAGUGUACAGCCAUCAACGCAGAAAACAAUGGACUUGUCCAAGUAAAAACUUGCAAUAACGUGACAGUAAUUAGUAUUUCUGAAAUCUCGAGAAAAGUAAAAGAUAACCUGGAAGCUUAUUUGAAGGAAAAUAUGAUUCUGCGUGAAAGCAUAACAUCAAAUGGUGGAACAAUUUUAUUCAUCGGUACUAACCAUGAAGUUACAGUUGCAGAUAUCGAAAAGAAGUAUAAAACUGUGAGAAUACGAUACAAAAUAGGGGCUGGCGUGGUAUCAAUCGAAGGUGCACAAAAUGAGUUAUCUUCAGCAAAAGCAGACGUCCUAGAGCUAAUAAAUAGAAUCGUUAAUAAGAGCAUUCGUGUGGAUAAAUUCGGGAUGUCAUCGUAUUUUCGGAGCUCAGAGGGAGGCAUAUAUCUUGUCCAGCUAGGAAAAAGGGAAGGGUGCAUCUUUACAGUUGACGAUAAACUGAUAAAAGUUGCAAGAGGAGGUAGAUUCUCUGAUGAAAAUGACGCAUCGCCUGAAAAUUUAAGACAGGAUGGUCCGGGAGAUAAUAUCAAAGACUCAUCGGAUAUCGAAGGUCACCUUGUCAUCAAUGGACGCGUUCAUAUCAUCUUGGAGAAAGGCAAUAUGGUGGAUCAAAAGGUGGAUAUCUUGGUUAAUUCAACGAAGAAAUCACUCGAUCUGUCAACGGGUGUCCUGUCAAAAUCUAUCUUAAAGGUUGCUGGUAGAGAAAUUCAAGAGGAAUGCCUUAAAAAGAAACCUAACGGCAUUGAAUAUGGCGAGGUCUGCUCAACCAGAGGAUAUAACAUAAAAAGCUGUGCUGGGGUUUACCACUGUGUUUGUAAAUCUUAUAAAGAUCCCGAGUGUGAAAAGACAAUCCGCCAAAUCAUAAAUGCAUGUUUGAAAAGAGUAGCAGAAAAAAGACACAAGUCAAUUGCAUUCCCGGCUCUUGGCAGUGGAGGUCUAUGUGUUCCAAAGGAAAAGGUGGCAAAAUGGAUGUGUAGUGAAGUCAUCAAGUUUACAGAGAACAAUAAAGACUCUACACUCGAACGCGUUGUCUUUGUUGUGUAUCACAAGGACAUGGACAUUUUUCAAGCAUUUGAGAAUGAAAUAACAGUACAAAAACGCUUGCAGAGAUCAAGUCAAAAUCCGAUGAUAUCAGGGGGAGCAAGUUACAUUCCAAACAAGGACAAAGACUACAACUCGUCCAGUGAGAGUGAUGAUGAUCAGAAUCCAAGUGAUACGAAGAAAGAUUACUACCGGGGAAAUGAUCCUGAUAUGGUCAUAUUGAAGUCCGGACAAUGCAUUGGGCUUAUUGAGGGUGAACUUGCCAUUUCAAAGGUUGAUGUCAUCGUAAAUUCAACAAAUACACAAUUAAAGCUUGAUCGAGGUGCAGUUUCGUCUUCUCUCCUACUUGCGGCUGGAUCUGAACUUCAGGAUGAAUGCAGGAUGAAAUAUCCACAGGGACUAAAGCAUGGCGAGAUAGCAGUAACUAACACCAAAGGGCGGCUACAUUGCAAGCACUUGUAUCACGGAAUUUGUAGAGAUUGGAAUACAGACAAAUCUGCAUCCAAAGAGUCUGUGGAAAAUAUUAUACGAAAAUGUUUGGAGAUCGCGAGCAGUUACAACGUUAAAAGCAUGGCUUUCCCAGCCCUUGGGACGGGAAAAUUGGGUAUCCCUGGUGAUGUUGCCGCUUUUAUGAUGUACGAUGGGAUUAAACGCUUCUUCGAAGAGAAACCUAAAAGCUCUAUAAAGACUAUCAACGUUGUUGUGUACCAUAAAGAUCAUUCCACUAUAAAUGCUUUCAGAGCCAAAAAGGAUGAGCUGCUCGAGUCCACAACAUCACCUUUUUCAAGUCAACCCCGUCCCUCUCAUAAGGACAAUCGAUAUCCAAGUGGGGAGGGAAAGCGUCGAUUUGGGAGGCAUACUAAAUAUAGAGAGCGCAAAAAUGAGGCUGAUGAGACAAGUUUAAAAACUAUCAAAGACGGACAUGAGGUGAAAUUGGGAGGAAUCUAUCUGCAGGUCAUUACUGGUGACAUAACAAAUUCACCAACAGAUGCCAUUAUCAACAGUACUAACCAUAGGCUAGAUUUAAGCAAAGGUGCAGUCGCAAGAGCUAUCUCAAAAGCUGGUGGUGAUAAACUGAACAAUGAGUGUAGAAAAAUAGGAAGCGUUGAUGUGGAUGGAUUUGCUGUAACACAUGGUGGUAAAAUGCAAUGUAAGACUGUCAUUCACAUGGAUGUGACAUCGAGUCGCAAAGAUUGGAAGGAAAUGGUUAUAGCCUGUUUGGAGAAAACAGAAGCUUUGAAAUUAUCUUCGGUUGCUUUUCCUGCUUUAGGAACAGGUUCGAUGAUGGUAUCACCUGAAAAUAUCGCGAGACAAAUGAUUGGAGGCAUUGCCGAAUUUGAUAAUAAGGUCCAGCCUCGACAUGUAAACCUUGUGAAGAUAUUCGUCUUCCAGAAAGUACACGCAAAACCUUUCAGUGACGCGAUGCAGGCUUUGAUCGGUCAGACUGAUUCAUACACAACACCCCAAAUUGGAGGUAAAGGACCAAGAGGAGGUUGGAGUAAAACGAACGAAAAUGGCAAACCAGUACUUCCAAAGACGGUUUCAAGACAUGGUAAAGAAAAGGAUACUGUUGUAUCCACAAUUGCUAUUUACUCAGACAGAGAAGAACGAAUUCAAGAAGCAGAAAAAAGCCUUGUAGAUCAUAUGAAUAACAUAUAUAAAGAGGAAGAGAUGCAUGUCAAAGAAAUCGCUAUGAUUGAUGAACAGAAGAUAAACGACGAAGCUGAUACAAACAACAUCUGGCUAGAAAUAAAAGGCAAUACAAUAAGAUUUCGAGGGCUGAAAGAUAACGUUAUGGCUAUGGAAAACUACCUUCAAAAGCUUAUUUUACAAGCUAUAAGCGAUGCGCGUGAAAAGGAAAAGUAUCAACAUGAAAUGACAGCACUUCGCGAGUUAGCCAGAAGGAUACAAUGGAAAUUUAUAGAUACAGAUGGAACAGAAAAAUCUUACAGUCUACAGUUAAAUAAGAAAAUUGAAGAUGCCAAAAACGGAAAAAGCCAAAUAUAUCAAUACAAGCGAAAUGGAAAGGACUGUGAAAUCGAUUUUGUUGCCAUGACUGAUACAGAUAUAUCUUCCAAGGAGUCAUUUGAUAUCAUCAGGCUCACUCCAACUGAAGGCGAUAUACAACUACCGGGAUCGUGGUCUGAUGAUUAUAGAGGGAUGAAGAUGAUUACAGUUCCAUUAAAUUUGGGGAAAGAAUAUGAUGCAACAGCAAAACUAUUUUUGGAUAGUAUGCAACAAGCCAAAAAAAUACCGCAGAUAAAAGAGAUUCGAAGAAUUCAAAAUCCUACUCGGUAUCGCCAAUAUGUUGUAUCGAGAAAGGAGAUGCGCAGAAAGAUUGGAGCGUCAAAUGUAACUAUUGAACGAACUCUUUUCCAUGGAACGGAUGCUAAUGCCAUAGACAACAUAAACAAUGAUGGUUUUAACCGCAGCUAUUGUGGGAAAAACGCUACCAGGUUCGGCAAGGGCGUCUACUUUGCUGUGAGUGCUGCAUAUUCUGACCUCUUUGCGAGACCACAGCCUGAUGGAACAAAGAACAUGUACAUCGCGAAGGUUCUCACUGGACACUAUACGAAGGGACACCCCGAUAUGGUUGUUCCCCCAAAACUUCCUUCAGGAAAUGAUCGAUAUGACACUGUCGUAGAUGACUUUAAACAACCAAAUAUGUACGUGACAUUCCACGAUUCACAAGCUUACCCCGAAUACUUACUGGCAUACACAUAGCUAUAUUUAUAUACACCUAACACUGUCCAGUCAUGUUCGGUUUCUAUGUAAGUUACUGCUGCGGCUGUAUAUCAUUUGAUGUGAAGACAGUGGUGUUUCUAAUGUAUGUUUCAGCUAGUAGAAUCUUAUGAUUGUCUUGAUUGUUAGAAAUGCAGAGUUGCAUCUGGGAAAUAAAGUACAUUCUGAUUUUUAAAGUAUAUUGAGAGCAACAAGUAAACAUAAAAACUUCCCAAUUAACACCUACUUGUAAC